CGUGUGUAGAAUCGGUAUCGAAUACGUAAUAAGUAUAGGGAAAAUGGAGGGCCUACGCAAAACAUGACCGAAGUGUGUCCACAAGGCAAGGGGUUGUAAGCAACGUUGGUGUACCCCACUUUGCAUGAAUUGCCUUGAGUUUCAAUAGGACAGCCAUUUCAUAAUAAUUCAGGAAAUUAGGAACUUCUGGAUCACUUACUGGGCAAUGGAUAUGGAAGUGUGACUUUACACCAACUUGUUUCAUUGAACAUGUCGAAUGGAUGCAACCCACACAAGACAGACAUCGCGUAGAGAAGCAAUGCAAAUUAUGCAUUGAAGAUGGGAAGGUUUUGCACAGACCACGCAAGUGAUUAAACUUCAGAAGCGAAUCGGAACGAAAAUCAUACCAAGAAAAUAAAUUAAGAUCUACUAAAGACGGAGAAUCAGUUCUCACUCCACAAAGUGUCGAGUGAAUGACUGAGGGCUCCCAGGCUUGACUUGACCAGCUCUUACCAACUAACACAGUAGACCUGUAGUACUUGUAGAUUGUUCAGCCACCUAUCCUGCAAUGCAAGGGAAGUGGACAACAAUUUUUCAUCAUGGAGGAAUACACAAUGGAAAUACCAAUUGAACAGUGUGCUGCAUCUGGCAGCAAGCCAAUUUGCUACUUGUGCAAGUGUGCAAUAGGCAGUGAAAGGGGUAUCAUUUGGAACACUAUAGUGUCCAGGUAGUCCAUAAAACUGGAUUUUUAUCCAGUUUUUGUACCUAAAGCCUAGGCUAGCUCACAUUUGAUUCUCUCAAGUGAGUAACUUUGUCCUGAGCCCUGCUUGGGACUAAUGUAACGGUUGUGUUUGGGUGAACUUAGUUACCAAUCACAAUGAGUAAGUCAGAGAGCCACAACAGCGGCAGCUCGCUGUCAAACGGAGUUGCGUCGUUGGAGGAAAGAGACACGGACGUCCCACUAAAGAGUCAUAGCAGUGAGAGUGUGACUAAGCAAGGCAGCAAAGGCAAGUCUGGUGACACACAGACAGAGGAGGCAGAAGCUGCCGAUGCGAGUCACUCGGGUGUAAAUGGCGAGUCCAGUAUGGGAAACAGCGUCGUGAUUUCUAAUCGCAGAUCUCCUAACUUUUCUGAUACUGAUGUGAAUGUUGAGUCCUUCCACAACGACAAGGUUACAGAAAACUCUGAAAGUGCAGCUGAUACAAAACACACAGUAAUCAGUGAUGAAAGUAGCACCACUGGAUAUAGCAGUAGAUUAGAUAGCAUCGGUGAUAAAGAACUAUUAAAAGAAAAAGUGCCUGAUACAUCUGUUCACUUAGCAAAUUCACAUCCAAAUGGAACUGCUCUGAAGAGCGCCAGAAAAGACAGUAAUAUGAAGCCAGAAAGGGGUAGAAUAGCUUCCGGAAAUGGAAAGAAACAAAAGUCAGUUGUAAUUAUGGCUCCUGUAAAGGAUAUCACUGAAAAUGGUCACAUAGAGGUACACAAAGAAGAGAAGGUUGAGCCUUUACAGAUACAUGAAAUGCAUGAUUCUGAAAGACGUCUCCUAAUAGAAACUGAGGAAGCAGAACCAGAAGCAGUGGAAGAAAAAGCCAUUGCUAAGUCUGCUGAUGGCCGCUUCAUGAAGUAUGAUGUAGCAGUAGGACAAGGUUCCUUCAAGACUGUGUUCAGAGGGUUGGAUACAGAGACUGGAGUUGCAGUGGCAUGGUGUGAAUUGCAGGAGCGCAAGCUGAGUCGUUCUGAGCGGCAGAGAUUCAAAGAAGAGGCCGAGAUGCUGAAGGGACUCAGUCAUCCAAAUAUUGUUAGCUUCUAUGACUACUGGGAAGAAGUCAGCCCCAGAGGAAAGAAACAUAUAGUACUUGUCACCGAACUUAUGACAUCUGGAACCUUGAAAACAUAUCUCAAACGCUUCAAGGGCGUGAAGAACCGUGUGCUGCGAAGCUGGUGCCGUCAGAUCCUGAAGGGCCUGCACUUCCUCCAUACAAGACAACCCCCCAUCAUACACCGUGAUCUCAAAUGUGACAACAUCUUCAUCACAGGCACUUCUGGUGCUGUCAAGAUUGGUGAUCUGGGUCUGGCCACCCUCAAAAAGAGCUCCUUUGCCAAAAGUGUAAUAGGUACACCCGAGUUUAUGGCUCCGGAGAUGUACGAGGAGCACUAUGACGAGGCUGUCGAUGUGUAUGCGUUUGGCAUGUGCUUGCUGGAGAUGGCCACAUCCGAGUAUCCGUACGCAGAGUGCUCCAAUGCUGCACAGAUCUACCGAAGAGUUACCACGGGAGUGAAACCACAAAGCUUUGAAAAAGUCAAUGACAACAAGAUCAAAGAAAUCAUUGAUGGCUGCACCAAAACAAACAACACAGAGAGGUAUCUUAUCCAGGAGCUUCUGAAGCACACAUUCUUUGAGGAUACUGCUUUCCGAGUGGAUAUCGUCCAUGAUGACAACAAAGAUCAGAUACAGCUCCAGCUGCGUGUGGAAGACCCCAAGAAGAGAAGAGAGAGGCACAGAGACAAUGAAGCUCUCCAGUUUGAGAUUGAUUUGAAUAAAGAUGAACCUGACCAAGUUGCUAAAGAAAUGGUACGGAUUGGCUUUGUGAGUGAAGAGGACUCGAAGGCUGUUACCAAGGUGAUUAGAGACCGCAUCGGUACCGUAUGGAAGAACAGAGAAAAGCGAGAGAAGGAGAGGCAAGAGAAGGGCAAGCUGGAAGAAGACAAAGAUAGCAAAGCAGAUGCUGGAACCUCAACCACAGAUAGUGGAAUGGGUUUUUCAGGGUUGUCUUUAACUGGAAUGUCGAAUGCUUCUGAAGGUUCUACAAGACUGGUGUCCAGUCAAGUACAGAAUUCAUCAUCAACACAACAACCCAUCAGCCAACAACCUCAUAGCCAAUCUCAAAUUCAGCAACAACAGGUUCCAUCUCACCCACAACAAACUCAACAGCCCUCUUCCCAACAGUCCGUAGCAACUCCGCAAGUCCAACAGCAGCAGGGCCAACCACAGCAGCCACAGCCGCCACAGCAACAGCAGCAACCUCAACAGGUUCAGUCUCAACCUGUGAUGCAGCCACCUCAAUCUGUCCAGCAGCCUUUACCACCACAAGUCCACUCUCAAACCCAUUCUCAACCCCAACUAGUAUCUCAGUCUAGUCAGCAACCGUCUACCACUGCUGUUCUACCACAGCAGGAUCAAGCUCAGCAACAACCCAUGCAGCCAUCAGCUCAGCAACCUCCUAUUUCCAAUGUGCAGCAGCAACCUACAAUUCCAGCCCAACAACAGAGUCAGCCUCAACAAAUACAGCAGCAGCCUCCACAGCAACAACAAUUACAACAACAUCAAAUACAACAACAGCAGCAACACCAAGCACAGCAUCAACAGCAGCAGCAGCAACCACAAUCAACCCCUCACUCUCAAUCUCAGCUGCAGCCACAACCACAGCAAUCUGUUCAGCAACCAGUACAAACCCAGGCCCAGGUGCAGGUGCCAACCCAGCUGCCACAGUCCCUACCAUCCCAACAGCAACAGCAGCAGCAACAAGCUCAAACCCAACAGAGCCCCUCGAGUUCCAUGAAUGGUCAACAUUCAUCCCUGUCGUGGUUUGUUCCGAUGUCUCCUCCUGUGUUUUAUCAGCAACCCCAGUUUGUGCAGCAGACAGCAAACUAUACCCAAUUCCCCCAAGGCCAAGCUUAUCAGCAAUCUGUAAGCCAGGGACAACUCCCACAACAACCUAUCCAGCAACCUUUGCAGCAACCUAUACAACAGCCAUUGCAGCAACCGUCCCAAGUACCUAGCACCCCUCAGAGGACAGCUUCUGAUCAACAUGCUAAGGUUACAAGAACAGUGUCUGGUGGCAGCCAGCAUGCACCACAACCACAAGUGCAGCCACAAGCAACUCAGUCACAACCCAUACAACAACAGAUGCAGCUGCUGCCACCAUCACAGUCAGCCCAGCAGCAGCAACACGCGUCAGUCACCAAUACAACAUCUGUACUUAAGCAGAGCAUUCCUGCUACUCAACAGUCUGGACAACCAUCCCAUGUCCCUCAAGUGUGUCAGAACAGCGUGCAACAAACCCAACAGCAGCAAAUACAACAGGUCGGCCAAGGGCAACCUCAGCAGCAGCAGCAACAACAACAGCAGCAACAGCAGCAGCAGCAACAACAACAGCAACAAUUACAACAACUACAACAGCAACAACAACAACCACAACACCAUCCAAUCCAACCUGGCACCACCCUCGGCCAGCCCCAUAUGAUGUCUGCACCCUCCUACGUAUCCAUAGCUGCCUCCUCAGCAGCAGCCGUUGCAACCGCAGUACCGGUAUCGCUAGCUACUACCACCUCCAACGCGUCCGCCCCAGCAUGGCACCUUGCACAGGACAACAGGCCACAAACUGUGGAUGCAUCUAAGGUUGGUAGUGAUGGCCAGGCAUGGAGUUCACCUGGUCUUGAGAGGAAGGAUGUUUUAACUGAUGCAGCCAGCGCCUACCCCUCUGGGACAGGAGAAGAAAGUGGAGCAGAAGGCAGUCAGAAUGUUGAGAAGAGGCAGGGUAAAAAGAAGCAUAGUAAAACGAGCAAGAAGAGGCCUAAGCUUAGCAUCAUAUCUGUUGACGAGGAUCAAGUGAUCGAAUGCUCCUUGGAGACGCAUAGGGGAGACACUAUCGUCUUCAAGUUCAGUGAAGAUGAUCAGUUGGAUGGCAUUGUCUCAAACCUGACGGUAGCCAAGUGGGUUCAUGAGCAGCAUGCAGGCCUCUUCAAGGAGCAGCUUCUCAAGGUGAUGGAGGAUGCCAAACGUUUAGGACCAGGCCUCCACCUCCAGCCAGGUCCCUCAUCCUCUACCGUGGGAGACGAUACCGGUACCAUCACCAGUCAGCAGCUUCAGGAAGGGGUGGUUCCACCAAGCCCCGGCACAGCCGUCAACUCGUCGGAUGCCUCCCCUCCCAGUGGGGACGAGUCUCAGCAGCAAUUGAAUGCUCCCCAACAAAGCUUUGAGAUGGCAGUUGGUAAGCAUCUGACUGCAGAGUCACAGCAGGGUGAGCAGCAACUGAGACCUGUUGAAAACCAGCACCUACCCCUCAGUAGGAAGGGUAGUAGUCCUCUAAUCGUCAAUCAGCCUCAGCAGAUGGGUAGUGAAGACAGUGACCAGACUCGUCCUAAGCCCAACCAGUCUCCUCCAGCAGCCAUAGAGAACAUGCCUAGCCAAGUGCCAGUCCAGCAGAGUCAUCAUCUUCAAAUGGAGCUGAGAACACCACAACCUGUCUAUCCAAGCCAAGCAGGUGUCCCAGAUCAAGGCAUGAUGCAGGGAAUGCCUAUGAUGGGUGCGUACAGCAUGAUGCCUAUGCUAUCUUCACAAGGAAAUGUUGUUUUCGUGCCCAUGGCAACACAGGCUGGUGCUCCCCAGAUGUACAUGCACCCCCAACAGGCUCAACAAAUGUACAUGCAGCAACAGAUGCCAAUGCAGCAGCACCUCUCGCAGCAACCACCAAUGCAGCAACACCAACAACCACCAAUGCAACAGCUCCAGCAGCAACCUCCUAUUAUGCAACAUCAGCAGCAACCCCCAAUGCAGCAACAACAACAACCACAACAACAGCUUCCAAUGCACCAACAACAACCACCAAUGCAGCAACAACCUCUACCAUCAGUCCAGGACCAAGUUCAGCCACUGCUGCAACAACAACCAACUCAACCUAUUCAGCAAGGAGGGCAACAAGCACAGAUUCCACCACAGCAGUUGCAACAAGUUCAACCAACACAACCUGGUCAACAAGUUGCAACAUCUGUGCAAGGUCAGGCUCAUGCACAACCUCAUCAACAACCACAAACUACAGCUGCUCUUUCAACUGCAGCACCCACCCAGAGUGUCGCAGGAGGGGCACAGCCACAGCAGUCUCAAGCUAAAGCUGCUCAGGUUGCAGGUGUAGCUCGUCUUAAAGAGCUUGAUCACAAACUAUCUCAGCUACACAAAAAGCCUAACCCACACCAGCAACAAACACCAGCUAAAGUUCCUUCACAACCACCAACAAUGCUCCAGCAGCAAAUAUCACAGGGUCAGUCAAAUGUACCCUAUCACAAUCAAGUCAGUGUGAGUGUUGCCCAGCUGACCACACCAAACAACAGCCAGAGCUCUGCAAAUAUUGUCCUGACUCCACAGCCUGUUUCAAAUAUGUUAGCACCUGUCUUUCAUCCAAUCCAAGAUGAAAGGAAAGCAUCCUUGAUGGAUGCCCAGAGUUUACCCAUUCAUAACUACCUGCCACGUCCAGCAAGUGAACCUGUUCCAGAUUUUCAAACAACACCUUAUGUAGAUCCCCAACAGGAUUCUGUGCAGGUUGUGCCUGAGAAAUCAGAAGAAAAUCAAAUUCAAAUCGAACAACCAGCUAGACCUGUGUCCCCUAAGCCAGCCUCUAGCCCAACAAAGAAGUCCCGUUUUUCUGUGUCAUCUGUAGAAGACAAGAAGGAUGCAGCAGCAGUGACUGAGGAAAAACCAAAGGAGGAGAUCAGUGAAGGAAAUGCAGGCAGCAAAACAGAAACAGUUGGAGAUAAGUCUUCCAGAGAACCUGCCAUUGGUAUGGACAAAGACCAGGAGCCUGCACGAAAGGAAGAAAAGAAAGGUAGAUUUACAGUAGCACCUGCUCCAUGUACUGUGGGAGACGCUGUAAAAAGUGACCUGGUGAAAUCUGGUGAGACAGCAACACAGGAUGUGAAAGAUGUGGUCUCAGAUUUGGUAUCCCAGACUGAAAAAAAUAUUGACAAGGAGGGAGCAGAUGUAGCAGAAACUGCAAAACCAUCGGCAGGUUCUCCCGUUAAGCUUAGUCGUUUCCAAGUUAACAAGGUUUCAGACAAGACUUCGGUUGUUGAAGGAAAAACCUCUGCCGAACAGUCUGUUCCUGAGACAGCUUCAAUUGAAACUAAUAAGGAUGAUCAGACUGAUAUUGAGAAACAACCUGAGGCAGAACAGCCUCCAUUACCGUCAGCCACUGCAUCACUUGCCAUAAAAGAGGCAGAUCGGGAACCAUCUCCUCAUCCUCAGCAAGGAAAUGAACCCGCUGUUGAUAUAUCAGUUGGACCGGCCAUCAAGCCUGAGCGUAAGAGCAGCCUGAUUGGCAGUGAACGGGAUACUCCAGACAGCAUCGCAUCAGAUGGAAGCUCGCUUCCUUCAUUCCCACCAGAAGGUCCAACUUUGCAGCAAUCAGCAGGUCUUCCUGGACAACCAUUUGGGCCAGGCCAGGGUGUGUUUGCCCAGCCCGAAUCUCAAAGUACACCCCCUUUGUCAGAUGUUGGAUCAGCUUCUCCAGGACCCAUUGCUAAUGCUGAUCUAGGUCAAGUCCAGCCAUCUCAAGCUGAAGCUGCAAGGGAACUCCAGGAGCUUCUAAAGAGGCAAGAUGAAGAGAGGGCUAAGAUACUCCAUAGACAUCGUAGUGAAAUGCAGGAGUUUAUAGCUCACUAUCCGCAGACAACACCGCCCCAGAGUCCCUUGCUUCUCUAUCAACCCAACAUGUACAGCAUGGUACCCUUCCCCAUGCAAGAAAACUUUGCUCCUCCAGGCAACUUUGCUCCUCAAGGCAACUUUGCUCCCCAAGGCAUGUGGCAUCCCAGUAGCAAUCUUAUUCCCUAUAACCACUUCCAGGGAGUUCCUUUCACUCAUGCGCCAGGCUCUGCAUUUGGGGGAUUCCGUCAGGGUACCACCAGCCCACCUACCGUACCAGGCAUGUCUUCCAUGGGGGUUCCUGUGCAGGGAGGGAUGGUAACCUAUAGACCUGUAGCUGGUGUGGAGAUGCCUGGCCAAGGAGCCAUGCCAGGUGCUGCACCUGCAAUGACAGGUGCUCAGUAUCAAGUGCCUACCACCAUGCACCCCCGUUUCUCUGCCAGCAAUGAGAUGAUCCCACAGCAGACCUAUACCAAUAGUCAAGGACUCAAAAGGAGUGUCAGUUACCAGUCUGUUGUUCCUCAACCCAACACUGGGUUUCAGCCAGCAUUUUUCCCCAAUCCCAACCAGCCAAUGGGACCCCCUAAUCCUGAGGCAUUCAUGCCAAGACCAGGAGCUGGUAAUGCGUGGAUGAGUUCAGCAGGAGGUGCAAUGCAGAUUAUGGACAUGAAGGACCAGCCGUCAAUACAGAAUGGAAUCAACAGGUCUCCAGAGCAGCUCCCUCGUGGGAUAGACAAUGCAGGUGUAACGUUUCCUACGCAACAAGUUCAUCCUUAUCCAUCCCAUGUAAGGACCGGCUCUGGUACUGAGAAAAUAGACUUCACCAAGAGAAUGGUACCAAUGAAUAGUGAGGCAACUGAGGCGGUAACUUCAAAAGGCUACCAAGCUCAGACAGACUUGGGUCAGGUGGAAAGGAGACUGGAGGAAGCCAGGCCUGGUGGGCUAAGCCAGCCAAAUUACCAAAGUGAAAAUACAGAACUGCAUGGGCAGAUUGACAAUAGGGUAGCAGUUGAUCACCCGACCACAGACCCCAGGCCAGCUGAUAAUAAUACAGAUGUGAUUCCUACCGACCAAACUGUGGCAGCACAGCUUCAAACACCUGCAUCCCAGCAACAGCAGCAGCAACAGGCAGGCAAGCGAAAAGGCACCUUUGCUGAUGACAAGUUCAAGAAUCUUGCAGAUUUGAGUAAGCCAACAGCGGCAAGACCUGCUUUGGAUGAAAGGAAAGUUAGCCUGAAUGACUUGAAGCGUGCCCAACAGCAGCAGGACUUGCAUGCCAGUGCAGCAAGACCACCUUCUGGAACUACCAAAGCUGAUGUUCCCAAGACAUGAGGAAUCGAAAUGUGCACUAGAAAUUGUGACAUAUAGUUUAAAAAACAAAAAUUAUACAAAUUUGCAACAUCUUAUGGUUAAGAAACUGAUACUCCACAGUAGGAAGUGUUAUUUCAAAUAAAAAUCACUUUGCAAAAAUGUUGUGAUCCGCAGAUUAGUGAGCAGAACUACUGCACAGUGCUUUCAUAUGUACACGUAUGCUGCGUAGCGUGUAGAGUGGUCACAGUUAAAAAGUAUUAAAGCCAACAUUACGCAUGUUGCAUAUCUAGAGUAAAUGCUAAAAUAAUCCAAAGGAAAUCUUUUUCACAUAGCAGAAACUUAGUAUGGUCACAUAAGGUUUAUCAUUUUGAGUUAAAGGGGUAGCACAUAUGUGAUUUAAAAUUGAAAUACAUUUGUGAACAGUAUGUAAAUAUUAUGUAAUAAAGAAAAAGGUGUUAAAAACACUGACUAUUCUAUUUACACCUGAAUGCUGUGGUACAUUUUCUCUUUAAUACCAAAUUCUGAUCGUUGCUGUACUUUCUUUGCGACAAAUCACCAACUCAGAUGUCACAGUUUCUUUUGCAUUCCCUCCAAGUGUCGAGCUUCAUCAACCUGUUAUAAUAAAUGAACUAAUUGGCAUGUAAUGCUUAUGUGUGUGAGUAGCUAAUUUAUCAGUAAUGAAUGAAAUGGAUUAGGAUUGUAGAGAAGGAAGACUGUAGACCAGAGAUAUGUUAGUAUAGUUGUUGAUUUCAUGUAAACUGCCUUAUAUUUUGUUUGGGAUAUGCUGCAUUGAAGCAGCCUCAUGGACAGUGAAAGAAUGAUGAUGAUGAUGAUGAUGAAGAGAGGCAGGAGUCCAGCGAGUAAAGGUGAUACAGCCUUUUACUUAAACAGGUUGCAGCUUCCUUAUUAUAUAUCACUUUACUAGGUGCUUCUGUGUUGUAUGUAAUCCUUAUAAAUGUAUCUCACUCAAGUCAUGCUUAUUACUAACUGUAUGAAGAAAUGAAAGCUAAGCCUAAAUAUUUGUAUUACCGACCCCAAGAAAUGUAAAUAUUCUUUAUGCAAGUGUCUUUGGCGUGCAUCUGUUCAAUAGAGUCAUCGGCAGACAACGAUAUUAUUCUAAGCCAUAUGUGGAAUCAUUUGCACAGACUAGGAGAGUGGGUUGUAUGAUUAUCCACAAGGUGAGUGAAGAUGAAAUGAUGAGAAGAUGAGAAGUCAAAUCCUGGAGAUACACAGUCGAGGUCUCAUGUCAGUCAGUCGGUCGGUCGUUUCUCAGUUAUACCUCGUGUAAGCCCCCUAAGACACUUUAAUUACCAUUCCAUACUCGGUCAAAUUUUGGGAUACUCUGAUGCAUUUUUAU